UUACGUCCAUCCAGCACGUACGUAGUGAUUUUGUUGUUUUAUGUUUUCUUUUAACAAAUUAUGAAUUGUAACCAAAUCUUAUCAGCAAAGUGAUAAAGAAUAUUAAACAAACCAUUUGGUGCUGCCUUGGACUUAGUCACAUUUAGUUCCAUUCAGUCACACUAAUACCCUGAGCAAUUCGUGUGUGGUGCGCGAGCGCAAUAAAUUAAGGAUAAUAAUUAUUAUUAUCUCUACCCCAACUAAAAAUGGAUACCCUAAAAAAGAAUUGGUUCACUGAAGAUUGUGAGAUGUGGCCUGGUGGUACAUUCUCCAUUGAAGUUAAAGAAGUUUUGUAUUCAGAGCCAUCUGCUUACCAAAAAAUAAAUGUGUAUGAUACUACUAAAUUUGGUAAAGUGUUGGUACUAGAUGGCAUUAUUCAAUGCACAGAGAAGGACGAAUUUGCUUACCAGGAGAUGAUAUCAUUCCUACCUCUGUGCCUGCACAAGAAUCCGGAGAAGGUGCUGAUUGUGGGUGGAGGUGAUGGAGGUGUCGCCCGAGAAGUUGCCAAACACCCCAAAGUGAAAGAAAUUAUUCAGGUGGAAAUCGACGAGAAAGUCAUCGAAGUUUCAAAAAAAUACCUACCGUUUAUGGCGGUGGGUUUUGACAGUCCAAAGCUAAAACUUCACGUCUGUGACGGAUUUGAAUUUAUGGCAAAUCAUAAACACGAGUUCGAUGUUAUAAUCACAGACAGUAGCGACCCCGUGGGGCCAGCCGUAAAUUUGUUCAGAGAAAACUAUUUUAUACUCUUGAAAGGUGCGCUGAAACCAAACGGGAUAAUUUGCUCCCAGGCUGGAACCGUCUGGAACGAUCUAGACCUUGUCUCCAAUAUUCUACAAAUAUGCAAAAACCAGUUUGCUAAAGCCGCUUACGCCUACGCUUCAGUCCCCACAUACCCCUCAGGACAAAUUGGUUUCGUAAUCGGAUCUUUAGACAAAGAAGUCGUUUUUGAUAAACCCGAACAUGUUUUUACUGAAGAAGAUGAAAAGGAGAUGAAGUUAAGGUACUACAGCAGUGAUAUUCAUAAAGCUGCCUUCGUGCUACCAACCUUUGUGAAACAACACUUAGCUAGAAAUGUUACUGAGUAACUUGUACUUAAAUGUGCAUUUAUUUUAGAAUGUAAGCGUCUUCACUAUGAGACAUAUCGAAUCUAUUAUUGAAUUUUAUUAUAUUUAUCAGGUUUAUAAUCCUCGGCUGUUAUUUGUAACGAUUUUAAUAUUUUUUAUUGUACUGUUGUUUAUCCAAAAUUCAUUAUAUUUUAUUAACAAAUGAUAUUAUGAGAUUGUUACUUAGACAGUAAAAGUCGCAUUUAUUUUAGGUAUAUUCUUGACUUUUAGUCAUUUUUAAAAGUCAUAUCGCGGUCUUCCAUUAAGUAAUCUCAAAUUCUAUUUAUUGAAAUAUUUAACGCAUAAUCCUUAAACCAGAGUGGCCUUAAAUAAAAUGUUUUAAAUACUAUGAGUGCAUUCUGUGCAUGCAUGCAUGUAUUAUAUUAAGUAGUAUAUAAGUGUUAUAAUACUCUGGUUCAUGUUACAGCAGUCAUUAUCUUUGGGUCCGUUCAUAACAUACAUUCCUUAUCAAUUACUAAAUUACUAUUUAUUAAAUAAUAAUGAAGAAGAUUAUUUUUUAAGACAAUCUAUUCUUAAUGACCUUUGUAUCUAUUCGUUAGAACGGAAUGAUUAAAAAAAACAGUUUUCUGAACUCUAGCAAUAAAGCUAACAUUAUGCAACGCCAUCUGUCGAGUUCUUUUUUCAAAAUCAUCCGAAAUCAAUAGAAACUGUUAGCAAUAUAGAUAAAGUUACGCACACAAAGAAAGGAAAAAUUAUGCGUGUUUGUUUUGGGAAGAGGGAUAUGAAGCUGUUCGCUUCCAAUCGUAUAACGAUAUAUCCGUUUAUAUUUAUUAUUGUUUUAUUUAGUAAAAUAGAUAAUCUAAGUAUUUAAAAUUGUCAAACACAUUCCAUCUGAGUGUUCCCAACUCAUUUUACACUGCAUCAACUUGCUCAUCUAGGUAAUUAUGUGAUAACGAUAAAUGAAAUAAAGGAAUCGUCAUAAAUAUUUUUGUACAAUUUUUUUGUAUUUUUUUAUAAAUGUUAAAAUAAAUCAGGGACAAUAAA